CGUCUUAGUCCAGAAAGCAUUAUUAAGAAGUGAACGUCUAACAUGGCUUUAGCAGACAAGAGACUUGAGAACUUACAGAUAUACAGGGUUCUUCAGUGUGUUCGAAACAAAGACAAGAAGCAGAUAGAGAAGCUGACCAAACUUGGGUACCCUGAGCUAAUCAACUUCACUGAACCCGUUGAUGGACUGAGUGCUCUCCACUUAGCCUCUGUUUCCAACGACAUUGACAUGGUUAGCUUUCUCCUUGGACUUGGCGCUCACCCUGAUGUGCAAGACCGCAUGGGAUGUACUCCCACAAUGAGGGCAGCGGAGCUGGGCCAUGAGUUGUCAAUGGAAAUUUUAGCCAAAGCCAAAGCUGAUAUGACGAUAGUUGAUAAUGAAGGAAAAGGUGUCUUGUUUUACUGCAUUUUACCCACAAAGCGACAUUAUCGAUGUGCGUUGAUUGCCUUGGAACAUGGUGCAGAUGUCAACAACGCCACCUAUGAAGGAAAACCAGUGUUCCUCAAAGCUUGUGAAGAAGCACAUGAUGUGAAGGAUAUAUGCCUGACAUUUUUGGAGAAAGGAGCCAAUCCUAAUGCUAUCAACACAUCCACAGGGCGCACGGCUUUGAUGGAAGCAUCAAGAGAAGGGGUUGUGGAAAUAGUUCGAGGCAUAUUGGAAAGAGGAGGUGAAGUGAAUGCAUUUGACAAUGAUAGACACCACGCUGCUCAUUUUGCUGCCAAAGGAGGCUUUUUUGAUAUAUUGAAGCUUCUCUUUGCCUACAGUGGAGACAUGGGAUUGAUUGGAAUGAAUGGGAACACACCACUUCAUUAUGCUGCUAUGGGAGGCUUUGCAGAUUGCUGUAAAUAUAUAGCUCAGCGAGGAUGUGACUUGAAAUGGAAAAAUUUGGAGCAUAAAACACCCCGAGCUGUGGCGAAAGAAGGAGGCUUCAAAGCCGCAAGCAAGGAAAUACGUCGAGCUGAGCGGACUGCAGCUAAACUCGCUAGGCCUGGAAUCAAAAAUCCUAACCCACUCUGGGCCCUCAGACUGCAUGACUGGUCCAUAGAGCAUGAGGCUUUCCUUCGGGAAGCCUUUUCCUUCGUAGACAGGGGUGAUGGUGUCGUCAGCAAAGACGACUUCGUGGUGACGCUGGAGGAGAGGCAAGACUUUGCCACCUCAGAGCAGCUGCUUUCCAUUGCUCAAAUGCACGAAAAAAGCCGGGGAGGCGGGGUCAACAUUAACGAGUUUUUUAAGGGAACCAAAUACUUAAGCAAGUCUUAUGUCUUGGGAUCUUUCGGACCUAAGAAGAAGAAAAAGGGUUUGGGCAAAAAGCCAAAGAAAGGCAAGUUUGUUCUACCUCUUCCGAUCUGCACCAUACCAGAGAACGCCUUUCCGCGGCGGGCAGAUGGGGGCCCGCCCUACUACAUGGUGGAGACCUACCAGAAUGUCACUGACUGUAGCAGGUUCAACCGGGACCACCCGCCUGAGCACCCCAUCCAGGACGAUUCAGAGUGGUACAUUGAUGAUCCUGGGAAGGUCUUCGCGAAUAUUAAUUUUAUCACCAAGGCAGGAGACCUGGCCUCUCUGAAAAAGGCCUUCGAGGCAGGAAUACCUGUGGAUAUGAAGGAUAGCUGUUACAAGACCCCACUCAUGACAGCGUGCGCCAAUGGCAACUUGGAUGUGGUCAAGUUUCUCCUUGAAAAGGGGGCAAAUGUUAAUGCAACAGAUAAUUUUCUGUGGACUCCACUUCAUUUUGCUUGCCAUGCUGGCCAGCAAGACAUUGUUGAACUUCUUGUUAAAUCUGGAGCUGUAAUAGAUGCAAUGUCAAUCAACAACUCUACUCCUCUAAGUAGAGCCAUUGAAAGCUGUAGACUGGAUACUGUAAAAUACCUACUUGAUAUUGGUGCUAAAUUCCAGAUUGAAAAUAGAAAAGGGCAUGCUGCCAUGGAUGUUGCAAAGGCAUAUGCUGACUAUAGAAUAAUUGAUAUGAUAAAAGAAAAGAUAGAUAACUUGCCUAAACCAUUGGAAAAUCAAAAACUGAAAGGCAAGCUCCCUAAACUGAAGAUUGAAGGCACGGACAUUAAGAAAGAAGAGGAAACACUAUCAUCAAUUUAUGCUGUACCAAUAAUAACAGAAGAAAAGAAAGUACACAAGGAUAAUGUGGUGUACCUCAAUUCACUGAUUACCAGUGGUUACACUAAGAAGGUUGAUAUCACAUUUAUCCCACAUAGGAUUUGGAGUCCUGAAGCCACAACAGCAGAGUUGAUCAGAAAGAGGGAACUCCGAAGGGAGAGGUUCACAUACGAAGUGGACUUUGAAGACUUCAUGAUGCCUUUCCAAAAGAACAUCAUGGAGAAAGCUCAAGCAUUGGAAGCAUCCCUCAAGUACUAAGUCACAGCAGUUACCUCCUGGGGUUAGUGCUUUGUGGCCCAGAAUCCAAAGUUUGGAGAAAGUACGUAUUUCCAGCAAAGCCAAGGCAAUCUACCCAUUGAGAAUUGGUUAUUAAAAAUCAGUUUUUGCUGUAAUAGCUAUAAAUAA